CUAAUCAGACUAUGAAACAGUAGCGUCGCUGUACGGUUGGUUGGUGUCACCAGUCUGACUUUGCUUAAGCUGUAGUGUGAUCCUGCUUCAGUCUUGCUGCAGCUGUUGUUUCUGAAAUGACAAGCACAGGUGUGUGAGGCCAUGGCCUAGAUCAGUGCUCCACAGCGGAAGGGCAAUACAUGUCUGCACUCCACAGCUCUCACAGGACACCAGUGAAACUACACUGAAACUGUAGAGCUCUACAGUGUGCUGUGUAUAUGUGCACGUAUAUUCCAUUGUAGCAAGCAUACAUGAUUGAAUGCUGUAAGAAAUUACAGAGUGCCUCAACCCACACCACCGUGCUCAUCAGAAAGAGCUGAUUCCCAAAAAGGCUUACAUAUCAUACAGAAAUACACUACCGCUCAAAAGUUUGGGAUCACUCAAAAAUUGUAUUGUUUUCCAAGGAAACACAAAUGAAAUUAGUCUGAAUAGAAAAUAUAGCAAAAGAACAGGACAUGCUGACAUGUCAGAGUUAGAAAUAAUGAUUUUGAUGGAAAUGAUGAAUGUUUUCUUCAAUCAAAAAAACCACCUUUACAGCCUGGGCAUUCUAGCGGUCAAUUUUUCAAGAUAAUCUGAUGAGAUUUCACCCCAUGCUUCCUGGAGCAUCUCCCACAAGAUGGAAUGGCUGAUGGAGUCUUCCUCCGUAGCUGAAAUCAAGCUGAAAUAUCGUCCAGGUAUGACCUCAGGGGCACGGAUGCCCCAUCAAGGUGCCCCUAUGGGUCCACCCGGCCCCCCGUAUGGAGGAACACCCCCAAUUCGUCCGGGAAUGCCCAACCCCACCCUGGACCCAAAUCGCAAACGGCCCACCACCACUCCACCAGUGCAAGCCCCGUCUGUUCAGAACCGGCCUAGAAAGAAACCACUGGGAUUCCAAGGAGCCAAUGAGGUUUCUGCAAGACCACUGGACUUACGAGAGGUCCAGUCUGAGCCAGCAAUUGGAUCCAAUGCCAAGAGAAGGAAAAUGGCAGACAAGAUUCUCCCUCAGAGGAUCCGUGAGCUGGUGCCCGAGUCACAGGCGUACAUGGACCUUUUGGCUUUUGAGCGCAAACUGGACCAAACGAUUAUGAGGAAGCGGGUGGAUAUUCAGGAGGCCCUCAAGCGACCAAUGAAGCAAAAGAGGAAGCUCCGACUGUACAUCUCCAACACGUUUAACCCGGCUAAACCUGACUCCGAGGACUCCGAGGGCAGCAUUGCAUCUUGGGAGCUAAGAGUAGAAGGCAAGCUGCUGGAUGAUCCUGGAAAGCAAAAGAGGAAGUUUUCUUCGUUCUUCAAGAGCUUGGUUAUUGAGCUGGAUAAAGACCUAUAUGGACCUGAUAACCACUUAGUUGAGUGGCAUCGCACUCCCACAACCCAGGAGACGGAUGGCUUCCAGGUGAAGAGGCCUGGAGACGUGAACGUGCGGUGCACGUUACUCCUCAUGCUCGAUUACCAGCCGCCUCAGUUUAAGCUGGACCCUCGGCUUGCUCGCCUGCUGGGCAUCCACACACAGACGCGCUCCUGCAUCAUCCAGGCCCUGUGGCAGUAUGUCAAGACUAACAAGCUGCAGGACUCCCACGAAAAGGAAUAUAUUAGCUGUGACAAGUAUUUCCAGCAGAUCUUCGACUGCCCGCGUCUGAAGUUCAGUGAGAUUCCUCAACGGCUCACUAACCUGCUGCUGCCCCCUGACCCCAUUGUGAUCAACCAUGUCAUCAGUGUGGACCCCAAUGACCACAAGAAGACAGCCUGUUAUGACAUAGAUGUCGAGGUGGACGAUCCUUUAAAGACCCAAAUGAAUGGUUUUCUGCUCUCCACGGCGAAUCAGCAGGAGAUUGCAUCACUAGACAACAAGAUCCAUGAGACGAUCGAAUCCAUCAACCAGCUGAAGAUCCAGAGAGAUUUCAUGCUCAGCUUCUCCAGAGAUCCCAAGGGCUACAUUCAGGACUGGAUCUGUUCACAAAACCGAGACCUGAAGCUAAUGACUGAUGUGGUGGGAAACCCAGAGGAGGAAAGAAGAGCAGAGUUUUAUAACCAGCCCUGGUCUCAAGAAGCUGUGAGUCGAUACUUUUACUGCAAGAUCCAACAACGGAGACAAGAACUCGAACAAGCCUUGGCAAUGCGCACCACUUAAAUCCUUCACCAAUUUGGAGCAAAACCUACCAGCACAUUUAUUUUCAGAAUAACGUUGGGAAUUUUAAUUUAGUGAACAAUCUCCAGCAUACCGGACAAUUUUCCCAGUAUCCUUGAAGAAUAGAAAACACUACUGGCAACUGGCACUAUUUGUUAUUUAUUGGACAGUUUGUACAUGGCAUUACAGUUCAGUGUUGAGUUUGUAAGUAUUAUCUUGGGGAAAAAAAGACUUUUGUGGAAAAUUCUUAAGCCACAAACCAGAGUAAAACAAAGCCAAACAUUUUAAUGGCUGCACAAAAAUUUGAGAAACGUCUCUUUGUGUGUGUGUGUGUGUGUGAGAGAGAGAGAGAGAGAGAGAGAGAAUGAGACUGAAUGUUUUGUACUGCAAAAUAUUGCCUCUUUUGUCUAAAAAUAAGUUUAAUCUUUGGAUAAGAGAGCAAGAAAUGUGUACUGUGAAGUUCCACUUUUUAUGUUUGUCACAGUGUUUGAUAUUAGUGUAUGUGUGUAUGUGUCAACGGUACUGGACGUGUUGCGUAUCACUUUACAUCCUGCUUUAUCUUUCUAUUACAAUCGACUGUGUGUCCAUGAACUGAAAGCACUGUGUAACCAUUUCUCUAUAGGGCAUAACAGAACGUUUACUACGACUGAGGCUUAGAUCACCAGGCUAGAAAGAAGCAGAUUUGGAUUUCACUAGAAUAUAGAUGUCAUGCUUUCACAUUUCUUUCACAAUCACUCCGGUGACGUGAGCACAUGUGAGGUUUGCUAUUUUUAAUUUCCCUGUACUGUCAUGAUCGGCGAUUUUACAUAUCAUUUUUGUCAAUGGCUCUAGAAUACGGCCUUAUUGUCAGACAUUUGUUCUACUCACACCGGUGCAUGUUGCAUGAGAACAUACAGGCCUGUUUUUAGAAAACAGCUCAGCAUGAAUCAGUCAGCGUUGUAACUCUGUUGCCUUAAAAGCUUACUGAGGAUGCAGAUUUAAAAAAAAAAAAAAAAAAGCAUUUACCAAAGUGUAGGACAAUUUUAUUUUUUAUCAUUAUUAUAUGUUUAUUUUGGGUAGAUAAGGUCAUAUGCAUACACCUGAGUUCAAGAGAGUGCUGAUAAUGAUGGCAUUACCUUAUUACCUGUGAGUUGGAUCAGUCACAGCUUAAUGUGGUCUAAAAUAGUCACCGAUCAGGCAUAGCAUUAUGACCACCUGCCUAAUAUUGUGUUGGUCCCCCUUUUGCUGCCAAAACAGUCCUGACUCAUCGAGGCAGGGACUCCACUAGAUCCCUGAAGGUGUGCUGUGGUAUCUGGCACCAAGAUGUUAGCAGCAGAUCCUUUAAGUCCUGAAGGCCCCAUCUCGCAACUUACAGGACUUAAAGGAUACUUUUGAUAGAUACUGACCACUGCAGACCGGGAACACCCCACAAGAGCUGCAGUUUUGGAGAUGCCCUGAUCCAGUCAUCUAGCCAUCACAAUGUGGUCCUUGUCAAAAUGGUGCAAAUCCUUACGCUUGCCCAUUUUUCCUGCUUCUAACACAUCAACUUUGAGGUCAAAAUGUUCACUUGCUGCCUAAUAUAUCCCACUAACAGGUGCCAUGAUGAGGAGAUCAUCAGUGUUACUCACUUCACCUGUCAGUGAUCAUAAUGUUAUGCCUGAUCUGUGUACAGUAUAAGGUAUAUUGGUGUGUUGUGGCAUUAAAACAGCUACAAAAUUGAAUGUCAAUCCUAUUCAUUCUGGGACACCAGGUCCUGUGAUUUUUCUAAGAAUGUUCUUUAUUUAUAGUAAUAAAAACUGUGUUCUCAUGUUGCAAACAUUUGUAAAUGAAUAAAUGCAUUUGUUUCA